UUUUAGUGUGAAGAGCAGUGAUUUUUCAAGUGUUAUUGUGUUAAAUACUUAGAUCCAAUCGAGAAAAUUAAACAUUUUCCUGAACCGUCACCCUCCAUUGCCACCGUCGCUGCCACUCCAAUAAUAUAAAAGAAAGAUAAAAACCGCCAUCACUCGCCGAAUUCCACCACAAUCCACUGGCGAUGAUAGCCGGAAAGCAACAGUCGCAGCAAUCUCAGCUGUUUUCUCUAAAGGGAGCAAUCCUCACUCUCUCUAUCUUGACCCUAAUUUCCUUCUCUUACUUCUCCUUCAAAUCCCUCCGCUCGCCUCCCACCCCUCAGCUCACUCUCCCCACCACCACCACCACCUCCUCCGUCGCCAUUCCCUCUCAUACGCAUAUCCUUUCUGAUGAAAAGGAAAAUAAUGUCGAUGAAGGAGGGGAAGACGACGACGACGAUUUGUUUACCGAUGUUUACCAUUCACCGAAGCUUUUCAAGUUGAAUUUCGAAGAAAUGGAGAGGAAUUUCAAGAUUUACAUUUACCCCGACGGUGAUCCGAAAACCUUUUACCAAACUCCCCGGAAACUCACCGGUAAAUACGCCAGUGAAGGUUACUUUUUCCAGAACAUUCGCGAGAGUCGGUUCCGUACCGACGAUCCAGAUCAAGCUCACCUCUUUUUUAUCCCAAUUUCUUGUCACAAAAUGCGCGGCAAGGGCACUUCGUAUGAGAACAUGACAAUAAUUGUUCAGAGUUAUAUUGAUGGUUUAAUAGCUAAGUAUCCUUACUGGAAUAGAACUCUGGGUGCCGAUCAUUUCUUUGUUACUUGUCAUGAUAUUGGUGUUCGGGCAACCGAAGGAGUUCCAUUUCUUGUGAAGAAUGCCAUUCGUGCUGUAUGUUCUCCAAGCUAUGAUGUUGGUUUCAUUCCCCAUAAAGAUGUUGCUGUCCCUCAAGUUUUGCAGCCAUUUGCUCUUCCUGCUGGUGGAAAUGAUGUUGAAAAUAGGACAACGCUUGGUUUUUGGGCUGGUCAUAGAAACUCAAAGAUUAGAGUUAUACUGGCUCGUAUAUGGGAGAACGAUACUGAACUUGACAUUUUGAAUAAUAGAAUAAGCAGGGCUACUGGACAUUUAGUGUACCAGAAGAGGUUCUACAGAACUAAAUUUUGCAUAUGCCCUGGUGGCUCUCAGGUCAACAGUGCCCGCAUAACUGAUUCAAUCCAUUAUGGAUGCGUACCUGUAAUAUUGUCCAACUAUUAUGACCUGCCGUUCAAUGACAUUCUUAAUUGGAAAAAAUUUGCUGUUGUCCUUCGGGAGAAUGAUGUGUAUAAUCUCAAGCAGAUCCUAAAGAACAUAUCUCAAGAGGAAUUUGUUACACUACACAAGAACCUAGUGACGGUUCAGAAGCACUUCCAAUGGAAUUCACCACCCAUAAGGUACGAUGCAUUCCACAUGGUUAUUUACGAGCUUUGGUUGCGCCACCAUGUAAUCAAAUACUAAUUUAUUGAUUCAUUAAUGAAUGUGGUUCCUCUUUGUAUA